AUGGACAAGAAGCAAAUUGGAGACUGCGUCAAGGCCGCACUGGCUUUGAACAAGUACGCGCUUAAUCGAACAGUUGUAAAUCUUCAUAUGGACAUGGCCUUCUUCCGCACCUUUUUCGUUGAUAACGAUAAGCUCAGCAGACCUCUACCAAUCACCCCCACAGAGUUCGACGACACUUCGCCGGUGGUCGUCGUGGAUUUCAGCCAUCACCAAGCAGCGGAGUUGCUUGGGGUUAGCAAGGUCAAGGGAGGGAACAGGUUAAGCACGACGCACCUGGCGGCUAUGUGUGUUGUGUUUUAUCCCGGCCGAGGCUUGGCAAAUAUCUGGUUGUCUGUAUAG